GACUGAUUUAAGGGAAUUAAUAAAAUAGCACAUUUUUUAAUUGUUUCCAAAGAGAGCUAGUGAAACCACAAACAACGAAGGCGCAUGCGACGUACUCUGCAGCAGCGAGAUCUACAGGCUUUAGAUCUGAACACCUACAAUAUGAAUGUAGGUACACAACAUCAACAACAACCACAACAACUUGAGAAGUAUUCAGACACGCCGAACCAGAGGCCGGGAAAGCCACCCGUCGCAGGUUUCCAGCAAAUGGCGAUAACGACAGCUCAACCCAUGACACUAGAAAAACCAAACUCGAGUUCCGAGCAAAGCAUGAAUCAGGGCCUUACUCGUAGCUUGAGCAUGGUUGAUUUGCCUUCGCAGCGUGGGAAGCUGUUGAGGCUGCGCGCUGGUUAUGAUCAUUUGACUGGCGAAGAGGAGGAAUUGAAAAAAUUUUGUGAAUCAGUGGAUCCAAAUAUAGUUUUCGACGAACUGCAGCCAGAGCCACCGCGUCCAACGCAGUGGCAAACAGCUCGCUUGCGCGCUGGUUCACCAAACAAUUACUCAUGUCCGCCGCCAACGCCUUGUCCUUGUCCAGACACUUUCAACAGACAGAGAGAACAAUCAUCGCGGAUACAGAAUUUUUCCUCAUUCUGUCCGCCAGGGCUCAAUACCGGUGUUACGAGUACUCCAUAUUCACAGUCAACACGCCGUCGUUCGUCCUAUGAUGAAUACCCCAGCAUACCGACACGCCACCAGUCGACCAGGGAUCCGACAAUGUCAAUGUGGUCACCGCCGAUAUCACAGCCAUCACCAAUGAGGCAGUCCACGAGACCAUCGACAUCGACUAGGUACUCGCAAGAUACGUCUAAAGUGCUGUACGAGUCCCCGCGACGCAGCCACUAUUCACCAACAAAUCGAAUGAACAGCACACCCUACAUGGGCCUGGCAGGACAACCCUUCAAUGUAACGAGACAGCCGCAAAUGAUGGCCACGAAAUGGAUUACGCCACCGGGCCGUAUGCCGUCCGCCUUCAUGCAAGACUCUACUCUAAAUCACUCCGUGCUGCCAACGAUGCGAGAAGCUUGGACACCCCCAUCAUGUCCAACGGAUAUUGAUGAGUCACUCAUAUGCCACACGGCGGAGACCACCGAUGAAUGUCCCAAUAAAAAUAAGAAUAUUCCUUGUGAGGGUUGCGAGACUAAUGAGAAGACUUAUCCGCCGCCACCGCGCUGCAAGCCAUUACACCCGGAUAUAGCUAAGAAACUAUGCGGGGACUUGCCACUUUUUAAAAUACCACGACGCAUGGAAGACGAUUUCAUUUGCAUUAAACGCCGCGAGCAAUGGGAGCAACUGGUCAGGGAUCAAACUUGCCCGGGCGCUAUACAGUCGACAAUCGAUGGUUCGGUUGAUUUCAAUGCGCUCGCUUUUAAUAUAUUCUUCGGCGAGCAGCGUUUGCCCGACUGCUUGCCGCGCAUUGAACCGAUCACGCUGCUCGAGGCGUUCUUUAUAAGAGUCAAUUACGAGCGUUGCCAGAUAAAGAAGUUGGAGGAUUUAACAUAUGCCAGAGACCACCCAGAAGAAGAGGAGACACAUGCCCCGCCUCCACCGAGUGAUGAUUGUACGCUAAUUGAAAAAUGCUUCAAACGCAAAUUUGACACCGAUCUGAAUGCGGCGUUGGAGAAGCUCUUUAAAGCGGAAAAGGGUUUCACAUUCCUAUCCCCACAGGCGGAACAACCACUAAUGAGUAUGACAAUGGAAAGCACCAGUACCGAUUUGCCGGGCAUACCAAUCUCCAUAAAGGCCUUCACAGGCACAACCAAGCCAAGAGAAUGAGCUCAUAUGAAUGACGCAGAGAAGCGAUAAGAAAUAUAAUAGACGCUCAAUUUAUGAAUAUGUAAACUUAUUUACAUAAAUAAACUAGAAUUUUUCCUCAAAGAGGGAGAUUACAACUCUAGUGUAAUAGUAAGGCUGAAAACACAUUAGAACACAGGAUAGGCAUUAAAGUUUGCAGGAGGUAAGUAAACUUUAUAUGACAUCAAUUUACGACAUUUUACUCAAGAUGGGAAUCGCACUUGGACUACUAUACAUAGACCUUUGUGAAGCCAUUAAAUAGACUUAUUGUAUCCAAUCUUAAAAGUCGACAAAACGCCUUAAAACCAAAGCAGAUUUGCUUAGGCCACCAACUCAGUGGAAUAACUGAAAAUGUGAGCUUUCUAAAAUUUAAGUCUAGAUCUCACAGGGGUGGAUAAUCGUGGUGAUAGGAUGUUACUACCUCUGCGACUGUUAUACGAUAAGAUUUUCAACCUUAUAGUUUGGACGUUGCCGUCCUGUCAGAGCACAUACAACCAGGGAGAGACUAGUUUUCUUUUAGCAAAACCCUUACGGGAUCUCUUACUAUCGACCUAGGGCCUUUGGACAGCGCUAAUCAAGCUCCCGCGAAGGCAGGAAGAAACCGAAGCUCAUUCCCACUCUAUUUUUAGGGGGCUGGGGUGCUCAGCUCGUCAGCUCUGCAGUAACCUGCGGUUCGGUUAACUCCUCGGUUUUCCUCAAAAUUCUCCAUCCAAAUCACAUAAUUCGACAAAAACUUUUCAUAGAUUCCAAUUUUUCAUACAGUUCUCAACACUUUUCAAAAUAUUU